GUGGUACCACUGCCGAUGGGAGUGACCAGGCGUGUUGGAUGAAGUCCAUGCACCAUGUCAUCAUGUGUCUCUUGCCAGCCCACCAGUGACCGGGCCACCCCCCAGAAUGAGCUGGGGGGUGGGGGCAGCAGCAGCCAAGGCCAGAAGCCCUGUGAGGCCCUGCGAGGCCUCUCGUCCUUAAGCAUCCGCUUGGGCAUGGAGUCCUUCAUUGUGGUCACCGAGUGUGAGCCAGGCUGUUCUGUGGACCUCAGCCUAGCCCGGGAUCCACCCUUGGAGGCUGAUGGCCGAGAGGUCCCCCUCGACACCUCUGGGUCCCAGGCCCGGCCCCACCUCUGCGGUCGCAAGCUCUCCCUGCAGGAGCAGUGCCAGGGCAGCAGCUUGGACAUGAAUGGACGCUGCAUCUGCCUGUCCCUGCCCUACUCACCCGUCAGCUCCCCGCAGUCCUCGCCACGGCUGCCCCGGCGGCCCACAGUGGAGUCCCACCAUGUCUCCAUCACGGGUAUGCAGGACUGCGUGCAGCUGAAUCAGUACACACUGAAGGAUGAAAUUGGAAAGGGCUCCUAUGGUGUGGUCAAGUUGGCCUACAAUGAAAAUGACAAUACCUACUAUGCAAUGAAGGUGCUGUCCAAAAAGAAGCUGAUCCGACAGGCUGGCUUUCCACGUCGCCCUCCACCCCGAGGCACCCGGCUAGCCCCAGGGAGCUGCAUUCAGCCCAGGGGCCCCAUUGAGCAAGUAUACCAGGAAAUCGCUAUCCUCAAAAAGCUGGACCACCCCAACGUAGUGAAGCUGGUGGAGGUCCUGGAUGACCCCAAUGAGGACCAUCUGUACAUGGUGUUUGAACUGGUCAAACAAGGGCCCGUGAUGGAGGUGCCCACCCUCAAACCGCUCUCCGAAGACCAGGCCCGUUUCUACUUCCAGGACCUGAUCAAGGGCAUCGAGUACUUACACUAUCAGAAGAUCAUCCACCGGGACAUCAAGCCUUCCAACCUCCUGGUUGGAGAAGAUGGGCACAUCAAGAUUGCCGACUUUGGCGUGAGCAAUGAGUUCAAGGGCAGCGAUGCCCUCCUCUCUAACACCGUGGGCACGCCUGCCUUCAUGGCUCCCGAGUCGCUCUCGGAGACCCGCAAGAUCUUCUCUGGGAAGGCCUUGGAUGUUUGGGCCAUGGGUGUGACGCUGUACUGCUUUGUCUUUGGCCAGUGCCCUUUCAUGGAUGAGAGGAUCAUGUGUUUGCACAGUAAGAUCAAGAGUCAGGCCCUGGAAUUCCCAGACCAGCCUGACAUAGCCGAGGACUUGAAGGACCUGAUCACCCGUAUGUUGGACAAGAACCCCGAGUCGAGGAUCAUGGUGCCCGAAAUCAAGCUGCACCCCUGGGUCACGAGGCACGGGGCGGAGCCAUUGCCAUCGGAGGACGAGAACUGCACGCUGGUCGAGGUGACCGAAGAGGAAGUCGAGAAUUCGGUCAAACACAUUCCCAGCCUGGCGACUGUGAUCCUGGUGAAGACCAUGAUACGGAAACGCUCCUUUGGAAACCCAUUUGAGGGCAGCCGGCGGGAGGAGCGCUCAUUGUCAGCGCCCGGACACCUGCUCAUCAAAAAACCAACCAGGGAGUGUGAGCCCCUGUCUGAGCCCAAGGAAGCAAGGCAGCGAAGACAGCCUCCAGGGCACCGACCUGCCCCUCGCGGGGGAGGAGGAAGUGCUCUUGUGAAAGGUGGUCCCCGUGUGGAAAGUUGGGGGGCCCCGGCCCCCGGCACCCCCGCACACAUGCAUCCACUACGGCCUGAGGAGGCAAUGGAGCCCGAGUAGCUGCCUGGAUUGCUCGACCUCGCAUGCACGGCCUUGACGCCGGGCUGCUGCAUCCUGUGUUUCCAUAGCAGCAUGUCCUACGGAAACCGAGCACGUGUGUAGAGCCCUGAUCGUCAUAUAUGGUUAUUUGUCUUUUCCUUUGUUGUUUUAAAGGGGACAAAAAAAAAAAAGACUUGACUCCAUGACGUCGACCUUGGCCACUAGCUGGCUGAACGGGCAGGUGUGAGGAGUUGCAGACCCAAACCCACGUGCGCUUUGGGACAGUUGCUUUUUAAAACAUUUUUAUGCCAAAAAUCCUUCAUUGUAAAUCCAGAACCAUGUCAGAUAUACCGAGUGAAUGUGUGUGGGGUUUGAACAUUGUGGAAAAGUGAGCUGAAAACUCCAGUGGUAUGAGGCCACAGAGUUAGUUACUGCAUUGGAGAGGGAGUGGAAGGUUAGGUGUGACUCCUCAUGCAAACCCCAAAUCAUGGAACCUUCCAGAACCAUGAACUCCAGGAGUCAGAGUAGGGCUAGCCCUCAGUAACUGCAGGGAGCUUUGGUACAAUUUAUUUGUAAGAAGUACUUCUUAAUUUUUUAUGAGUAGAAUUGUAGUCAGGAAGACAGAAAGGGCUUGAAGUUUAAUUGCUCCUUGAAGGGGAUUUGCCAACCUUAGAAGGGCAUUGGGCAGCUGUGGUGGGAAAAGUUUCGCCUGAAGGACUGAAUGAGUUCAUGACAGCUGCUCAAAGCUGGUUUCUGAGACAGUUAACUGAGCUCUAGUGAAUCUCCUUGUUCAACUACAAAAAACUUCAGGGUAAAAUCCUACACUUCCAUGUACGUUACAUGGCUUAAGAUGAAACAAAAAAAAAAUUUCAAUUCUCUAAUAGACUGAACUCUAGUUCAGAAAUUAUUUAGAGCUUCCAGGAUAUAUUUCAAGGCUUCAGGCAUGUGAUUGGAGUUAGAGCCAGUGAAACCUAUGCCUGUAUGUUAGUGGCUUAGCUUGUUUAUAACCUGUGUAUUCUAGAGACUGGUAAGGUUUUGUUUGUAUAUUAAAUACUAGCUGAUUGUUGCAGUCAAUUAAAUACCCAGUUUCUGGAGGGACGGUUGGGAAAUACUCAACUGUGACACAGAUGGUCAUCCUUACUGUCAUGUUGAUAAGUUUUUGUUUGUUUUUUACACAAAGAAACACCAAAGACAGUUGUGGAAAGGACCCACCCCCCCAUGGAAAGUAUAAGCAGAGACAGCUGUAAACAUAAAGCAAGCAUUAGAACUACCACUCUCUCGGAGCACAAACAUUGAUUUUUUUUAAAAGCCGGCCCUGUCAGGAAAGGGGAGAUGCUGUUAUGAGCAGCUUUUCCCAGUGGGCAAAAAGGAUGCCCAUAAUGUCUUCCGUUGCUGGCUUAUCUGCAGGACCAAUUUGGUGUAAGUAAUCUGUGGCCUGCACUUACGGCCUUGAAGGAAGCACAAAUCCUCUAUCCACCUUUCUCUGUCCUUUUCCACCUCCCCCAUCCAUCCCACAGGUUGCAGUGGCUCCCAGAAAGCCUUAUCGAGCCCCUCGUUGGCACUUGGGGCUGUAGAGGCCGUCUCCCCAUUGGUCUGGCCUCUCCUGUGAGGUAGGGCUCCCGUCCUCCCAGCCUUUCUGGAACAAGGAGAAUUCCCGCACAGUUAGAUACACAGGCCUGGCCUGUUGCGCUCUCCCAUCUUUCAAAGGGGAGCUUCACGUUGCUGAGUGGAAUCAGCAUGACCUCCACUUGCUUCCAAGGUGCUAGGGAAUGAUUCAAGGUUGUUUGUUCCCAUCUUCUCUCCAGCUUUACAGGCUGAGUUCCAUUGGACUGCUGACUUUUUGUAUUCUGUGAUUUAUUUCAUGCCCGAUGCUUCUGUUUUAAUUCCUGAUCCUUUCUACUAUGCAUUUUCCUUUUAUCAGGUGUACAAAGUUGAAUACUGUGUAUUUAUCACUAAAAAGUACAUGAACUUAAGAGAAAAAUAAGCCUUUAGUGUUUUCACAGAUGUUUAGGCUUCUCUGUAAACUUGAAAUAGACAGCAAAAUGGUGCAAA